AUGUCAAAGAAGAAGUUUGUUCUACCUUCCACCAACUCAGUAUUUAGCUCCAAUACCUGCAUCUCGCCCGAGGCUCAGCGCAAGCAGACCAAGGAGGCAAUGCUCGUCUCAGACUUGGCAUCGUUCAAGCGGCAAAUCUAUGUAUCUGUUCGAAAUACCAGCAAAUUCUGUCGGCAUGAUCGCAAGCUCAAAAACGACACUGUCAGCAUCCGAGUCCUGGCAUCAACAAACCAGUCUUUCAAUUAUCCCAAUGUCCUUCGCCUUCACGAUACAGUGGCAGUCAAGCUUUCCGCCUCCGUAACCGACAACCGAUGGGCUUGCUAA